CAUGGGGUUGUAAGUAUUCCAUCAGGGUUAAAAAUCUCGCACCAUGGUGUUAAUUUAAAGGCGGAGCUUCUUCCAUUACUUUACACAAUCUGGAGUUAUUGAUGCUGAAGCCGCCAGCAUUCGAGUUCAUAAUUAAGUGGUCAUUCGACAAGUGACGUCCGGAGCGGGUUUUAAAAAAAAAAAAACGAAUAUGCAGCUUAAUCGGAGAUUAAGUGAUAUUGAGGAAAAUUUCUUGUCAUCAUCCCUAACUUCGUCGUCGUCGUCUUCUUCGUCUUUGGAUGAUAGUUGUGAUUCGGAACAAAUAAUUUGUGAUGAUGUGAUAGAGACUGUGGUGACGAAAAGUGAUAAAACUGUCAGACAAAGUUCAUUCAGUAUUGACAGUAUUCUUGGUGUGGAUAAGAAAACAAAGGAUGAUCAAGUCGACCACCAUCAGCUUGUGAAGACGUCUGCGUUGUCAUCAUCAUCGCCUGCAUCAACUUGUGGAACUUCUUCAACAAAUAAUGUAAUUGAUGCCCUUAGCAACAAAACAGAACUCUUUUUAGGCGAUAUCUCAAGUUAUGAGGAACUCUAUGAGAGAAAACUCACUCACUCACAAGUUCGGCCUUUCAAUCAUGUAUUGCACGAUUAUUCUGGAGCACAUCCUUCCACACUUCUUUAUAGCAAUUGGAUUGGAAUACCUUCGAAAGUGAUGCCUCAAUCUCACUACCAUUCUGCUAAUUAUAUUUUAGGACUUCAGGUUCCAAAACCAAGUGGAAAACGUUUUCGAAAACCAGGGGUCGAUCGAAAGCCCAGACAAGCUUAUAGUGCAAAACAGCUUGAACGACUCGAAAAUGAAUUCAAACAAGACAAAUAUUUGAGUGUUAGCAAGAGAAUGGAACUAUCGAAAAACCUUAGUUUGACAGAGGUGCAAAUUAAGACUUGGUUUCAGAAUCGUCGGACCAAGUGGAAAAAGCAACUAACAUCAAGGCUUAAAAUUGCCCAACGCCAAGGAAUCUACGGAAGUCACCUUUAUCUAACACCAGCCGGUCUGGCAGCUGCAGCUGGUGCCACAGGAACGCCUCCACCACCUCCGUCUGCUCUUUUGCCACACUAUUAUACGGCGCCAUUUUGUAUUGUUAGCAAUCCAGGGGUGGCGAAUACUUCGACAACCCAUUCAAGUGCCAAUAAUUAAGUUGUUUUUUUUUUUUGGUGAAGUACUGUUUAGGAAUUAAACUAUAGAUUAAGAUUUAUGUUUAUGUAAA